AAAAUUUUGCACAAACUUCCUUGACCAUUUGUUUAUUGUCUAAACUUCAUUGUCUAAAUUGAAAUUACUUCAAUAUAAGAUUCCAAGGUGCAAUCGACGCCUCGCAGCCGUGAUUUGCCGCCAUGGAUCCACAGAGCCCAACCUCUUCUCUACAACGACUCCAAAUUGUUGAAAAGAGAAUAGUAAGGGUGUUGGAACUAGCUGGAGGAUUGAUGGAUGAAAUGGCAAGCCCGAGCGGUCCCAGAAAGGAACUUGUUAACAAGCAAUGUAGUGAGUUCAUGCAAUUGAUCAAGGACAUUCAGAUGACCCUGCGAGAGGAAAUCAAAAGUGCUUGUGAGUAUCGUCCAUUUGAGAAGUGUGACUAUGUUCCAAGAAUAUCUAACGAGAUUUGUUAUAAGAAACUGGAAUAUGUUAUUGCUCAAUUGGAUGAGAUGAAGCAAACAAUUGAGGGAUAUCAUAAUGCAGCUUGAGGGCACACAAUGUACAAUAUUUUUUUUUUGUUGGAGGCAAUUGGAGAAUCGCUUAGUAUUAGAUAUUCAUAGAACAUUGAUGUUUUGAGGAGAAUUGUGAGAAAUUAUGAUUCGUAUUACUGUUUUUGUAUGACUGAUGAUGUGUUUGCUUUUCUUUUUAGAGCAGUACAUGGUUUUUUAAUUUCUAUA